AUGAUGAAAGUGUUUGGACCCCCGCGAGACAGGCCAUGGGUUUCAGCUUAUCUUUCGAGUUACAAUGUUUUGCUUUUCUUACUGAAUCUUAUUGCUUUUUGGGACUUGUUUAAUGCAAAUCAGAAAGGUAUUCAUGAUUUUCUUGCAUUUAAUAAUAGUAUUUUGUCUAGGGAACUUCAAUUUUUCUCAUCAUUACGAUUACCUUUUAAUAACGACUUUCGCGCAGAUCUUAGAAGUCGUUCAUGCCAAAAUGGGAUUGACAAAAGCAGACCCUAAACCAGUUUUGAAACAGGUUGAUGAACGUUUGUGAUUUCUGUGAACAUAUUGAAAGUUCAGGUCCUUGGUCGGCUAGCAGUAUUGGUCAUUACGAGUUUAGCACGAAGUGUUUGGAAGACAAAACCAACUUACUUAUUGUGUCUCGCUUACGUGAGCUCGGAGCUUGUCAGGUUUAUCUUGAAAAAAGGUUUUAUUUUUAUUUUCUCCGUUAUUUUAGGUACCCCUACUAUGUGCUGCGAACGCUAAACUACAAUUCUUGGGUGACCAACUGGCUUCGCUACAACUCUUUCUUAGUCCUUUAUCCGAUCGGAUUCCUUUGUGAAGGUAAAUUGAUAUAUUUUUGGUGAAUUAUGGCUUCAUUGCAGCCAUAACGUUUUACGGUGUCUUCAACGACAUCUACAAUUCGGGCAAGUGGAAGUAUACGUUUGACAAGCCGUCACCGUUUUCCAUCAACGCAGCGAUAUUCCUGGCCCCGCUCGCCCUUUUCGCGUUCCCCUACUUGGCGUACACGCUAUUUUCUCAUAUGUGGGCCCAACGAAAAGCUCGUCUUUUUUACGCCAAAAAGACUCGUUAA